CAUGCUGAAUAAGCAGACUACACAUUCGUUUUCUCCUAGUAUUUACCCUAUUUAUUGCCGACAGUACAGUCAUAAUCACUCUGACUGUUCAGUCAUCAUUCAUCACAAUAUACAGACGACCUGAAGACGCAGUUUGGUGGAUUUCUUUUAUUGAAUAAGUUAGAUAUCGCUGUUUGAAAAGGAGUGUGAUUUCUCUUUUCUUGUCAGAACUUUCAGUUUCAGAAAAAUCCUAAAAUGAACUGGUCAGGAUAUCUGAAGUGGUGGUCAUGUACCGCCCUGCUUGUCUGUGUCAUGUUCACGCAAGUGUACGGCUUGAAACCAAAGACGGAGGAGAACUGUGAAGUAUGUGUGAAGUUUGUUACCAAAUUUAUGGCUGGCCUUCCUGAUGAUGAGAAGUAUAACCAAGAAAAGAUUGAAAAAAGACUUAUCGAAACGUGCAAGACAAAGAAAGGAAAAGAUGAACGAUUUUGUUAUACUAUUGGUGCUGCAGAGACCUCUGCCACUAGGAUGUUGAAUGAAUUAACUCGGCCUGCCAGUCUAGGAAUGCCUGCUGGAAAGAUUUGUGCAAAAAUUAAUGACAAAAUGGAUAGCGUCUGUGACUUGAAAUAUGAAAAACAGAUCGAUUUGGCAUCGGUUAACUUCAGGAAAUUGAAAGUGAAAGACUUGAAGCGCAUCUUAUCUGACUGGGAUGAAAGCUGCAAAGGAUGCACAGAGAAGACCGACUACAUUAACAGGAUCAAGGAACUUAUGCCAAAACAUGAUCCAGAGGCUGCAGAGAAAUUACGCCAGAGGGAGGAAUUAUAAUGCUUAUGUUCCUUAGGAUUUUGAAUUAUGAUUUUUCAAUCAAGUUCACAUGGCUUGGGGUCAUUUCACAGCACAUGAUCUCUCCAGUAAUGUAGUCAGGUCAUCUUUUGGUUGGGAGAAUUCUGCUCUUAGACGGUAGGAAAUCCUGAUCGCCAAGCUGUACUUCCAUUGAUUGGGGUUAUGAAUUAUCGGUCAACUGUCCUGUGAAGUGGCCUGUUGGCAAGACAAAACAUUCCAUUUCAUAGCCCAACUAUCACCGCAUUGCUUUUGUUCCUUAUUUGAUGUCAAAUUUCACUUUGGGUUUGUUUUGUGUUGCCAAACCUGAGCACGGAUGGCGGGUUGUGCUUGAGAUCAAAUUCCACCAUUCAGAUUACUGGUGUGUUCAUUUACUGUUGACAAAACUGCCAUUUCCAC